GGCCGCCGCGCCGGGCACCGCGAUGGCGAAGAAGCGGUUUUCCGUUCACGAAGACGAGGUGAAAUGCGGCAGGGUGUGCUGCGGGAUGAGCUCUCUUUCUUAGGCGCCGGCCGUGCGGCGGGGCUGACCGUGGCACACCGCCUGCUGCCCUACGGCGCUCGGCCCCGCCGCUCGGUGCGGUGCGCGGGAGGCUGAGCUCGGUUCGGAUCGAAGCUCGGCGGCUCUCAGAAACUCUGCCGCUCUGCCCUGAAGUAAGGGCUUGCGCUGGGAGCUGGGCGGCCGUUGGCCCAACUGAAGGAUUGGCGAGGGUUCCUUCUGGCGCACACCGGCACGAGUGGGGUGAGCGCUUCUGUACUGUGAGCAAGGAUGCAGGCAGCAAACCCUGAGCAAGAGUUGUGGCGACGUUUGUGUGGGGUCACCGGUGGCCGGAGCUGUACUUAGAGAGGAAAAUUUGCAGUGGUGAAGAAAUGUAUCCAAAAAGACACUGAAAGAGAGUUUGCAGCAAAAUUCAUGAGAAAAAGAAGAAAGGGCCAAGACUGUCGGAUGGAAAUAAUCCAUGAAAUUGCAGUCCUUGAAUUGGCACAAUGCAACCUUUGGGUCAUUAACUUGCAUGAAGUUUAUGAAACUGCAACGGAGAUGAUUUUAGUCCUGGAAUAUGCUGCUGGAGGUGAAAUCUUUGACCAGUGUGUUGCUGAAAGAGAGGAGGCCUUCAAAGAGAAAGAUGUGAAACGACUUAUGAAGCAGAUCUUAGAAGGAGUUUCAUUCUUGCACAGAAACAAUGUUGUUCAUCUUGACUUGAAGCCACAAAAUAUUCUACUAACCAGUAAGUCUCCACUGGGAGACAUAAAGAUAGUGGAUUUUGGCCUUUCCAGGAUAGUGAAGAGCAGUGAGGAAUUAAGAGAAAUUAUGGGAACUCCAGAAUAUGUAGCUCCUGAAAUUCUGAGUUAUGACCCAAUCAGUACAGCAACUGAUAUGUGGAGCAUUGGAGUACUGGCAUAUAUUAUGCUAACAGGGAUAUCACCCUUCUUAGGAGAUGAUAAACAAGAAACAUUCUUGAAUAUAUCUCAAAUGAAUGUAAGUUACUCUGGAGAAGACUUUGAUCUCAUAUCAGAGUCUGCUGUGGAUUUCAUGAAAACUUUGCUGGUGAAGAAACCUGAGGAACGGGCAACUGCUGAAGAAUGUCUCCAGCACCCCUGGUUAGAACAAAGUGAUGAACCUACUUGCAGGGCCUGGAGUAAGAGUGCAGGAGGGGAGAGCGGUGAUGUCAUCCAGAAAAAUGCAGAUUCUGCCUCUGAAAAACCUGUAGAUGUUGAGAAAGCUGAAGAAGAAGAAUCAAUGAUGACAGAAGAGCUCAUUGUAGUAGCUUCAUAUACACUGGGACAAUGUAGGCAGUCAGAAAAAGAAAAAGCAACUGAGCAGAAAGCCAUUUCCAAACGAUUUAAGUUUGAGGAACCAUUGCUGCAAGAAAUACCAGGAGAAUUCAUUUAUUGAACUAUGUGUUACUUCAUAGCAGUGUUUUCUACUAAACAAAAGUAUCCUAGCCAAGGGAAUCUCUGAUAUGCAAUGAAUGUUCUAGAUAAAAGAAAAUGUUGAUAGGUGGCAUCUAAGGAGAAUGUGCCAAGCUUUUAAUUUCAUGGAAGAAAUAAACAAGAUUUCAAGUGGCUGGCAGGAAUUUAACAAAGAUGAAAGCUUAUUUUUUGUUUGUAAUUUUUAUUUCUGUUUUUUUUUUUUCUUUUUGCCUUUGGAUAGCAGACAAAUUCUGUUAAUUGCUCUGAUGCUCUGGAGAAGUUGGCAUAAGAAGAGUUUCAGUGGCAGAUGUCAAGAGAAGUAUAUUUUAAGAUACAUUUUGUCAUGCAAUGCAAAUAUAUAAUGCUGGGUUUUCCUCAAAUAUUUCUUAGCACUCCUGACUUCAGUGGAUGUAUCUACUGAUCUAAAAAAUGCAUGAGAUAAUUUGACUGGUUUGACAGAUUUCAAAACUACAGUAUGUAUGUAUUUACAUUUUCAUCCUAUCCAAAGACUUGGAUUUAAUGUAUAGUUAAAUAGUGAGCUAGGUUUCUCUAGCAAACAAUGCACAUGUCCCACAGGUAAAGACCAUUUUAUCAGUAGACAAUUCCAGAAACAGCAGUGUCUUUGGGAGCGCAGUAAAGUUCUGCUCUGGAGAGUGCUAAGUCUCCCAAGGCAGUCUCUUGAUAACCCACAGACUGUUGCUCCCUCUGUCUCCUAUUUUGGGCCAGGUGCACCAACAGAACCCAGCUCAAUGUGUCUGCACAUUGCUGAUGAGUGGGCAACAAAGAAAGUGACCGGGUCAUUUGCAGCAGUUAUUGAAGUUCUCACUCCUUGCUUCAACUUUUUAGUUCAGGCAGUUUGUCCAUCUAAUGGUAAGCCAGCCCUUAAUUCUGCCCCCACUUCCCUGCCCUCCCAAACCCAACUGAAGUUUUACUGGGAGCUGGAGGUCAUUGCUGCCUUCUUUUUGUUCUGUUCUAACUGCUGCUUUAGAAAGAAAGAAGCAUCCAUAGGCUAAAUUGCAUAACCUUUUUCAGUGUAGCUGUCAGAUGAGGAAGAAAAUGCUAUAACCUCUGAAACAAUGAAGCACAACUCAUACCUCGUGCUUCCUAAUCACUCCCCCUUAGACAUUUGGAAAAACCAUAUGUAUGUGAUGGGGCGGAGUUGGGUUAGGAGCAGUAUGGAUGGGUCAUAGUUCUCAGUGGACACAGUCCCUCACAGAAUAAAACCAGGACUAACCAGGCAUCAGAAUUGACUGGUUUUUGCAAUGUAUGGAUAUCUGAGGUUCUUGGACUGAGUCUUGGUUUUCUUAGAAAUCUUUCAUAUUGAUGCUGUUCCAAAGUUUAAUUUUUAUGUAAUUGAAAUUUAGUGAUUAUUAUAUUGCAUACUGUUAACCAUUCAACUAUUUAUUUGGUUUCCAUGUGCCAUUCCUUUAUAAUAAACUCUGACAAAAGUUUUCUUGCUGUAAAACAAUGAAUAGACACUCUUAAGAUAGCGUUUGGUUUUUUUUUUUUGUUUUGUUUUUUUCUUCCUUGCUGCUGCAAACUUUCUCAUUUCAAAUGCACUGGGAAUGUCCUAACUAUAGGGAGCAGGAGAUUCAGCACUCUGUUGUUACCGUUUGUUAGUUACACAAAAUUAAAGCAGCUUAUUAGUAACAUAGACAGUGGUGCUGUGAUGUGGUUGCUUGUAAGGGUGGAGGGGAGAAAGCACUAGGGAAGAAGAAAUCUGAAUGAAAAGCACUGUAACACUGAAUGGGGCAAUGUGAAUUUUUCCAUAAUGUUUCACUGGCGGGGGUCUGAUUGCAACCACUUGAAGGCACAUCAAAAAAAUAGCACCUAAGCUAAACUGUCCUGUCAGGCCUCAUCUUCUGUGGAGCUGCACAUUGAGUGUUCGUGUAGGAGAAGCACCAUCUUGCUCCUUUAAGACCUUUAUGUAGGGAAGCAUCCAGAAGUCCUUGAGUGAUUGAGGGCAUGUAAUGCAGAGAUGCCUUUCAUACUCCGUAGAAAUUAGACAUUUGCUUUUUUUUUUUUUUUUUGUUCUCCUUGUAUUGAAAAGCUAUCAUGCAAGGUUUUCUUUGAUUUCUGGGGCUGGCAAUUAGUAGAAGUUGAAUACAAAUCUUUAGGCUAAUGGAGCACUUAUGUUAUCUGGGCAAAUCUAGUAGAGAAUGGCAGCUGCACUGCUGCAUGUUGCUGACCCUCCCUGCAAUGCUGAUCUUUAAGACAGAAAGUGCUCUUCGUUUCUUUUACAGUUCAGUCAUUUGCCCAAGGCUACUUGUCUGGGGGACAUUAACUUCUGCAAUCCACCUGUGAAUCUUCCAGUGUUCUUCAGUGCAACUUUGAUUUUCUUCACAUUUGUAUUUUCUUGCUCUUAUAAAGUUUGAGUAAGGCACUGAGAGUGAAGCAUGGUCACGUUCCAGCCUUAGAAAACUAACUUAUGUUGCCAUAUCUGCAUACCUAAAUGUGUAAUAAUUCAUGAUUGCUCACAGCAAAUUGUUUAAGGGCCCUAUAAGCAAUUUCAAUUUCUCUUGUGACCACAGAUCCUGUCUCAGCCGGGAAUAGGGAUUUGUACUAAGAACUGAUGUUGAGCAGCAUUUAUUUGCCCUGUAUUUGCUGUUAUUGACAAAGAAGCUUAAUAUAUAUAAAUGAAAUACGUGCUUCUACAAGGCCAGCUUCUUUUAAAUUGGCUCCUUUGAGACCUCCAGUGGGCUGCAUUUCUUGUUUAUCAUUUUGUGCUUUUGUACAGUGUUUUUAGCAUCAUUAAGAAUUUCUAUGAAGUUGGGGAAGUUUAAUAGUAUAAGCAAAGCAUUUGAGAUAGCCCUACAGUAGGAAAAUUUCUCUAAUAUAUAAUGUAAGACUGCCAGCCGCUCCCACACAGUUGAAGUGAUUUCCAUUCUUCUCUAAGCUGGAUAAGGCUGUGAGCGAGGCACACCUUCCCUACAGUGUAGGGAGUACAAGUGGGUUACUGAGGCUAAUUUCUUUAAGAAACUUACUGAUGAGGCAACAUGUUCAGACAGAGCAAAUCAAAUAAAUGCUUGUUCGGAAGAGCAGACAGUCUGCAGAUCCUGGAACUGGAUGGCUGCAUGUGCAUGUGGUUCCUCAGGAAAAAAGCUGCUUAUGCUGUGAAGUACUGGUGGGAGAGAUGGAGAAAGGAGUCAGCUCCUUGGCCCUUGUUCUUUGUUCCAGUCUGCUCUCCAGAUCUCCAGACAUUGUUCCUGGGCAGCAGUGUGGGAGUUGCCUUAGCAAUGCUGGGAGCACGACUGCUGUGUGCUUGGAUGCAGGAAGGUGGAAGAAGUGGAAGAGAAGUACAGGUGCUCCUGUAUAUGACUGGAGAACUGUCCUUUCUAUCGUUAAGAUGUGAGAGGUGUGAGCUGUCUACGUGCUGCAGGAGUGGGGCUGAAGUGUGCAGGUCUGUCCCCUUUGCAGCUGUUGGAAGAAAACGGCAUGUUGGGUUGAAAGCAGAGCUUUUUGUCUUUACUCAUUGCUUUGUUCACCACUGAGAAAGAGACUAUAAUUUAUUGUCAUAAAUCUUCUGUAAAACUUUUUUUGUUAUUGUUGUCCGGAGUAGAAUUUUUUGCCAUUUGUUUCAUUUCUUUCACUCUUCAAUUGGGGGAUCCAAUGCACCAAACACAAAUUCCAACCUGUGAUCUACCAGGUAAAUCUUGACAGCUGUCAGCAAAUGCCCUUUCUCCACUCCACUGGUGAUGCUGGCAGGAGACAGGGAGAAAGAUGAGCCUCACACUACUGGGUUCCACGGCAAGUCAGCAUUUACUGAUUUCCAAUGGACUUGCAGAAGGUAUGCAAGCUUCUUCUGCAGAACUGAAUAUUACUGGAAUCAAUGUUAAAGCUCAAGUAUAGUAUUGCAUUACAAGCUACUACAACUUAAACUCUUCUCUGCUUGGUGCUUGCGCUUGGCUUUAGUUAAGAAGCAAAAGUACAUUACAUUGCUGGAACUGGAUUAUAGUAUGUCAUAUGGAGACUCCUGUUCAAAUAAAUGCCCUAGUUGUUCUCUGA